GGAGAGUAUGUGGCGAGGCGGGACCCGGGUACCGCCGGGCUCCGGGGGAGAAGGCGCGGCGGCGGUGGCCGUCGUCAUCUAACCUGGCUGCGCCCACGAGGCCCGGUGCGCGGAUGGUGCUGGUGCAGCUCGAGUGUUGAUCCGCGUGUCCCCUCCCCCUCGUCCCCUCCCUGUCCCUCCCCCCCACCCCGUGGUGGUCUCCCUUCCACCCCGGCCCCGGCCCGGCCAUGUCUCGGCGUGGCUCCUGCCCGCACCUGUUGUGGGACGUGAGGAAAAGGUCCCUCGGGCUGGAAGACCCGUCCCGGCUGAGGAGCCGCUACCUGGGAAGAAGAGAAUUUAUCCAAAGAUUAAAACUUGAAGCAACCUUAAAUGUGCAUGAUGGCUGUGUUAAUACAAUCUGUUGGAAUGACACUGGAGAAUAUAUUUUAUCUGGCUCAGAUGACACCAAGUUAGUAAUUAGUAAUCCUUACAGCAGAAAGGUUUUGACAACAAUUCGUUCAGGGCAUCGUGCAAAUAUAUUCAGUGCAAAGUUUUUACCUUGCACAAAUGAUAAGCAGAUUGUAUCCUGUUCUGGAGAUGGAGUAAUAUUUUAUACUAAUGUUGAGCAGGAUGCAGAGACCAACAGACAAUGCCAAUUUACGUGCCAUUAUGGAACUACCUAUGAGAUCAUGACUGUACCAAAUGACCCUUACACUUUUCUCUCCUGUGGUGAAGAUGGAACUGUCAGGUGGUUUGACACUCGAAUCAAGACUAGUUGCACAAAAGAAGAUUGCAAAGAUGACAUUUUAAUUAACUGUCGGCGUGCUGCCACAUCUGUAGCUAUUUGUCCACCAGUACCAUAUUAUCUUGCUGUUGGUUGUUCUGACAGCUCAGUACGAAUAUAUGAUCGACGAAUGCUGGGUACAAGAGCUACAGGAAAUUAUGCAGGUCGGGGGACUACUGGAAUGGUUGCUCGCUUUAUCCCUUCUCAUCUUAAUAACAAGUCCUGCAGAGUGACGUCUCUAUGUUACAGUGAAGAUGGUCAAGAAAUUCUUGUUAGUUACUCUUCCGAUUAUAUAUAUCUUUUUGACCCAAAAGAUGAUACAGCUCGAGAACUUAAAACACCUUCUGCAGAGGAAAGACGAGAAGAGUUAAGACAGCCUCCAGUUAAGCGCUUGCGACUUCGUGGUGAUUGGUCAGAUACUGGACCCCGAGCAAGGCCUGAGAGUGAACGAGAACGAGAUGGAGAGCAAAGUCCUAAUGUGUCAUUGAUGCAGAGGAUGUCAGAUAUGUUAUCAAGAUGGUUUGAAGAGGCAAGUGAAGUUGCACAAAGCAAUAGAGGCCGUGGAAGAUCUCGACCCAGAGGUGGAACGAGUCAGUCAGAUGUUUCAACUCUUCGUAUGGUGCCUUCAAGUCCGGAUUUGGAAGUGGGUGAAACGGCAAUGGAUGUAGAUGGUCCAAGUGAACAGCUUCUCCAACCUUCCACGUCCUCCACAGUGUCAACUCAGGCUCAUUCAGCAUCACCUUCCAUAGGAAGCCCUCAUUCUACUUUGUUAUCUUCUCCAGACAGUGAGCAGAGGCAGUCUGCUGAGGCAUCAGGACACCACACGCAUCAUCAGUCUGAGUUUUUAAGGGGGCCUGAGAUAGCUUUGCUCCGUAAGCGUCUUCAACAACUGAGGCUUAAGAAGGCUGAGCAGCAGAGGCAGCAAGAGCUAGCUGCACAUGUCCAACACCAGCCUUCCACUUCUGAUCAGUCUUCUCACGAGGGCUCUUCACAGGACCCUCAUGCUUCAGAUUCUCCUUCUUCUGUGGUUAACAAACAGCUCGGAUCCAUGUCACUUGAUGAGCAACAGGAUUACAAUAAUGAAAAGCUGAGCCCCAAACCAGGGACAGGUGAACCAGUUUUAAGUUUGCACUACAGCACAGAAGGAACAACUACAAGCACAAUAAAACUGAACUUUACUGAUGAAUGGAGCAGCACAGCCUCAAGCUCUAGGGGAAAUGGUAGUCAUUGCAAAUCUGAGGAUCAGGAGGAAUCCUUGGCCCCACAGAGCUCCGAACAUCCCCCAGAAGACAAUGAAACAAAAGCUCCUGAAGAGCCAUCAGAGGAAGUGACAAAACACCAGGAAGGUCCCUCUGCAGAAAACCCAAUUCAGAACCAGGUAGAUAGAGCACAAUUAGAUAACCUAACAGCUGAGCCAUUGGAUUCUAACUCAGGAGAAAGGAGUGACCUCAGUCUUGAUAGCCCUUGUGGGGCUCCAGAAGAAUCUGCCUUGUCUGAAAAAGGCAAGGAACCAGAAGCUCCAGAUCAGACUGACAAUGAGAGUGCUGCCAAUCAAACUGAUACCAAUCCUGAGCCCCCAUCCCAAACAGAAGCCAUCGGGCCUUUGGCUCAUGAGGAAACAGCAGCCAGGGACUCUGCUCUCCAGGACACAGAUGACAGUGAUGAUGAUCCAGUCCUGAUUCCAGGUGCACGAUAUCGAGCAGGACCUGGUGAUAGACGCUCUGCUGUUGCCCGCAUUCAGGAGUUCUUCAGGAGGAGAAAAGAAAGGAAAGAAAUGGAAGAAUUGGAUACUUUGAACAUUAGAAGGCCACUAGUAAAGAUGGUUUAUAAGGGUCAUCGCAACUCCAGGACAAUGAUAAAAGAAGCCAAUUUCUGGGGUGCUAACUUUGUCAUGAGUGGUUCUGACUGUGGCCAUAUCUUCAUCUGGGAUCGACACACUGCUGAGCAUUUGAUGCUUCUGGAAGCUGAUAAUCAUGUGGUCAACUGCCUGCAGCCUCAUCCAUUUGACCCAAUUCUAGCCUCAUCUGGCAUAGAUUAUGAUAUAAAGAUCUGGUCACCUCUUGAAGAGUCAAGGAUUUUUAACCGAAAACUUGCUGAUGAAGUUAUAACUCGAAAUGAACUCAUGCUGGAAGAGACGAGAAACACCAUCACAGUUCCAGCCUCUUUCAUGUUGAGGAUGCUGGCGUCACUGAAUCAUAUUCGAGCUGACCGAUUGGAGGGUGACCGAUCAGAAGGUUCUGGUCUGGAGAAUGAAAAUGAGGAUGAAGAAUAAUCAACUCUUUUGGCGAGCACCUAGAUGUUCUGAUCUUUGUAUAAGACAUUUAUUAUAUUUCUUUUAUUUACAGAACUUUAGUGCAAUUUUAAAGCUGUUUUUUGGAGUUUUGCCCUUUAGGGGGACAACAAAACAUUGGUUUGGAAUGAGUGUGUGCAUGAACUUGGGAGAGUGUGUAAACAAAACAAGCAAAAUGUUUUUUAAAACUUUUUGCUAUGUAUAGAGUGCUAUAAAAUGCAAAGUGCAAUAUUUUCCCCAACCUUCAGAUGUGGGAGCCUGGAUCAAUGUUGAAAAGUAAUUUUCAUUAUAGUGAAAAUGUUGGUUCAAAUAAAUUUCUACACUUGCCAUUUGCAUGAUUGUUGCUUUCUAAUUAAAGAAGUUGGUUGUUUUAAGAUCCUAAA